CUCAUUGACCGGCCGAUGGAAUCAGGGAGGGCGACACUGCUCAGAGAGCAGCAACUGAAAGAUCAGUUUGAUAACUUGGAGAAGCAUACACAGUCGGGCAUCGAGUUUGUGGAGAGGUACACCAAAUUCGUCAAAGAGCGAUCGGAGAUUGAAAUCAACUAUGCAAAGCAGAUUAAGAAUCUAUCAAAGAAGUAUCAACCCAAGAAGAACUCAAAAGAGGAGGAGGAGAACAAGUACACAUCAUGCCGGGCCUUCCUGUCGACACUGAAUGAGCUGAACGACUACGCAGGUCAGCACGAAGUCAUCGCUGAGAACCUGACCUCUCAGAUCAUCACAGAACUCUUGCGGUACCUCACGGAACUCAAGGCUGAGAGGAAAUCGCAUUUCCAUGAUGGACGUAAAGCACAGCAACACAUUGAAUGCUCGUGGAAACAGCUGGAGUCGAGUAAACGGCGGUUCGAGAGGGACUGUAAAGAGGCGGACAGGGCGCAGCAGUACUUUGAGAGAAUGGACGCCGACAUCAAUGUGACCAAGGCAGACGUGGAGAAGGCGCGGCAGCAGGCUCAGAUGAGACACCAGAUGGCUGCUGACAGUAAGAGUGAAUACUCCAACUUCCUGACCAAGUUCAACCAGGAACAGAACGAGCAUUACUACACUCUCAUCCCCAAUAUAUUCCAGAAACUCCAGGAGAUGGAGGAGAGGCGGAUCGAGAGGGUGGGUGUGUCCAUGAAGACGUACGCGGAGGUGGACCGCGAGGUGCUGCCUAUCGUAGGGAAAUGUCUAGACGGAAUGACUAAGGCUGCCGAGUCCAUUGAGCCUAAGACUGACUCGAAGCAGGUGGUGGAGUCGUAUAAGUCUGGGUUCGAGCCCCCGGGGGACGUAGAAUUUGAGGACUAUGGGCCAGGCCAGUCCAUGAAGAGGACGGUCUCCGAAACCAGCCUGUCCAACUCACGAGGAGAGGCCAAGGAACGACCCAGCAAGAGCAAGGGCAAACUGUGGCCUUUCAUUAAGAACAAGAACAAGCUUAUGUCCCUGUUAACGUCCCCGCACCAGCCCCCCCCUGCCCCCCCAGCCUCCAGCCCCCCCUCACCCUCUGCUGUUCCCAACGACCCCCAGUCUCCCAAGCAGAACAAGGAGCCCCUCUCCAAUCGCUUCAAUGAGUUCAUGGCCUCCAAACCCAAAAUGACUUGCCUCCGGAGCCUGAGGCGAGGGUCUAGACUUCUUUCUCUCAAGCUGAUCACACUCAAUUCCCACGUCCGGAAUCUUAUUGAGGGCUCUGGACCAGAGGACUUCAGCCACCUGCCCCCAGAGCAGAGAAGAAAGAAGCUUCAGGCCAAGAUAGACGACUUAAACAAGGACAUCCAGAAAGAGAUGGACCAGAAAGAUGCCCUAACUAAGAUGAAGGGGGUGUAUGAGAAGAACCCUCAGAUGGGUGACCCUGCCAGUGUGGACCCCCGCCUAGUAGAGAUGGCAAUGAACAUCGAGAAACUGCAGUCCGAGGUGCAGAAAUUCGAGGGAUGGCUAGCUGAGGUGGAGGGGAGGUUACCAUCGAAGAGCGAUCCUCCCAGGAGACAGAGUGGUCUGUACGAGACACAGAACAGCAACAGCAGCACGGUUGCCAACAACUGUGCACAGGACAGAGAGAGCCCGGAUGGCAGUUACACAGAGGAGCAGAGUUCAGAGACUCAGGUCAAGGUGGCCAUAGCCAACACUCCAGAGUUUGAUGAUGAGUUUGACGAUGGGGAUGAGGAGACGCUGCCCACUAUCGGCACCUGUAAAGCCAUCUACCAAUUUGAAGGUCAUAAUGAGGGGACUAUAUCAGUGACAGAGGGAGAGCUGUUGUAUGUGAUAGAGGAGGAUAAAGGUGAUGGCUGGACACGCGUCCGCAGAAACGAAGAGGAGGAAGGCUACGUGCCCACGUCUUAUGUCGAGGUCCUUUUGGAAACAAACGCCAAAGGUGCUAUGACGUACAUUUAACUGAAGGGGUUUUCUUUUGGGGCCGAGGGGGGGGGGGCUCGGGGAGUCGAGUACACUCCUCCCACUCUCUUCCACUCUGAAUGAUGGACCAACCAGAAGUCUCCAUGUGCCUCUGUCAUGAUUACCAUGUAGCUGAGACCGGUCCCAUGCACUGUGGUGUUGUAUGUGAUGGGUAUCUCAAUGCAUUUGGGAGACAGGAUAGUUUUAAAAGAGGUAUUGGCUGUUUUUGGUGUAGGCCAAAGUUAUCCCUAGACACUGAUCUUGGGUCGUUUUUUUACAUUCCCCACAAUAAUGGUUAAGAUCAUGAUUGGGGGUGGGGAAGCUGAUCCUAGAUCUGUACCAAGGGGGAAACUUGACCCCGGAGCGUUCUUUUCCCACUGGUUCUGAGAGAAUUCUCUCCUCGUUACCUCUUGUUUGCCAGGAGAACUUUCUGUUGUUACUUCCAGUCAACUCGAUGGGAAUCAGGGCCAGUUGUACGGACGAUAUCAAUGAGUGCUGCUGUCUUUUUUGUUCUUGACAUGCUUGCAGUCAUAUUUCCCCCAAAAUGUUCUUAUCACCUGACAAAGGUGUAUUUUAUCAUAUAGAAACUGGCCUCAAAGGUAGACUAGAGUUGUGGUCAGGAUGAAAACAAAAAGGCAAAAUGUAAGUGCGUGUGUGUUUGACUACAAAUGUUGAUGGUCUUAACCACUGAAUCAUAUUCCCACAGAGGCCAGUAUCGAGGUGAUAUUUGGAGAGAACAAAAUAUUAUGUUACACUUUUUUUUGAGGUUAAACCACGGGAUUGUGUGUGUGGGGAAAAAACUGCUUGCUGUCCCCAGUAGUAAAGCAUGCUAGAUUGUACAAUGUAGAAAUAUGCUAAUUAUUAUUUGAUUCUGCUCUAAAAACAAAAAACAAAAAAACAUAUGCAAUCAUAUUUUUUUUGUACUGUGACAAAUGAAUGUACCGAAUCACAACGCUUCACCCCCAUACAUAGGACUGCAUUCUGUAGCUCAGGAGGCUAUUAUAGCGAUCAGUGAAUAUCAACUCCUCUAUCCUGGAUUGUCUCACUCCUCUACUGUUAAAGAUGCACGAAUGUCACAGACUAAAAGGUCCAAGGAAGGGGCUAUUUUUUUUCUUCUUCUGGGCCUUUAUUUUCCAGAACGGUUGUAGAGGAAUUCAGGAUUGAGAAUGAGCUGUACCAUUACUCUCUCCCUCAUUCUCGGUGAGAACAUUGUGAGAACUGAUUUUUUUUUUGUGUGGCUGAUUGUAACAUCGGUGCUUGGUUGCCAGAUCAUGCAUGGGUUUUGAUUAGCACCUCGGUGCAGAUGAGUCCAUUUGAAAAGCAUGGUCUGUGCUACAGUAUGGUGUUGAAACUGUUUUAUGCCACUAAAACAUCCAGCCAUUUCUCUUUUAAAGAUUACUGAAGUGUGCAAACGUAGGGCCAAAAGGCAUGCUGGAAGAGACUCCAACUUUGUUGUCAAAUCUCAAAAAGCUCAACAAAUAUGCUUCCGCAACUCUUUCUCCUAUACCGGUGAAAGUAAUCCCGUCUCUGACAGUGCUAUUAACACAACCAUUUCAUCACCCUGCUAAAUGGGGGUCCAAAUGAAAUGUGAGGCAUGUUAUGGUGGUCGUCAUUUUCUCUUUUUUCCCCCCUUUUUUUUACGUAACAUGUUUUGGUGCAUGUUACAAGGUUAAGUGUCUCUUUUCGUUUUUGGGAAUGAUAGAUUCACACCAGACUUAACAUUUAGAAACAGUAUCAUAAAAAACAUGACUUGUAAGGUACAGCAACUAAUAUUAACGCCAGAGAACAGUUAUUUCCUUUCAAAGGCAAUUGCAAAGAAUAGUUCUUCUUCCACCUCAUUUAGUAUGUGAACUAUAUUUUCUUUCCCUGAGAUCUCUCUCUCUAACGUGUUCUUUUUUUUUCUUCAUUUUUUGUUUGUUUGUUGUUUUUUUUCUUUCAAAUUGCAGAUUCCUAAAAGUGUGAGAGGCUGGCUC